CCCUCACGUGACCCCGUCGCGAUCUCGCGGGGGACCAGACUCUCCGAGGCGGUGCCGCAGGGGACAGAGGGACUGACGGAGCGGAGUUCGCAGCAGCUUUCGCCGGAACAUCAGCGCGGAGGACGUGAUGUCGGGGCUCUCCCGCCAGCUGCCGUGGGCCGCUGCCUGCCUGGCCGCGCUCUGUGUGCUGACCGCGGCUCAGGACGUCUCCCCGGACCCGAACGUGACUGCAGUUACGACUUUAGCGACCACCAAGUCAGUUCCGACGUCGGUGACGACCCUAACGCCGGUCACCAUUCCAGCACAAGAUAUCUGUGAAAACCGCAACAGCUGUGUUUCCUGUUUCAAUGCUAGCCUUGAUGCUACUACCUGCUUUUGGAUAGAAUGUAAAGACAAAAGCUACUGUUCCCAUAAUUCAACAGCUAGUGAUUGCCAGGUGUUGAAUGGCACAAAAUUCUGUUCUGAACCCGAGCCCACUCCGAUGCCAACCAAUUCUACAGCUAAAACCACAACUCUGCCUUCCUCUUCUACAACUACCACCACAGUUACUACAUCAGGUACGACUAAUACCACUUUAACUCCGACUUCACAACCUGGACGGAAGUCUACCUUUGAUGCAGCCAGUUUCAUUGGAGGAAUUGUCCUUGUGUUGGGUGUGCAGGCUGUAAUUUUCUUCCUCUAUAAAUUCUGCAAAUCGAAAGAACGAAACUACCACACUCUGUAAACAGACCCAUUAAAUUAACAAGGACUGGUGUAUAACUCACUGAAACCAAAAUAUUAUCUUUCAAGAUGUCCCACAUGGAAGACGCUAUUCCAGGAUCUUUAAAUUUUCAAAGGAUGCAUAUAGGAUGUUUUGGAGCAUCGUCCUUGAAGAAAAAUCACUUAAAUCAUUUUGCUCAACAGGAAUAUUUAAAAUAUUCUGCAUGAAUCCUUGUGGCUGUCUUCUUUUAUUUUAAAUGGCUGCUGCUGUGGGAUUAUGUUCUCUCUUCUUGACGUACCAAAUGUAACUCUGUAAGUGAUGGAAAACAUUGUCCUGCGCAGACAACCUCAUGACUCUUUUGGCAGUUUAAAUUUAGUCAUUUUAAAGCCUGAAAGCUGCAUUAUUUUCAUCCUAACUCAGGAUGUAGUCUAGUGACCAGAAUUGAGAAGAAUGUGCCAAAUGAGCAUCAAUCGGGUGGACUUUUGGCUGUCCUUUCAAAAGUGGAAUAAAUCUAUAAAUUUAGUAUCCUUAGAGUAAACUGUAUCUUUAGAGUAAAAUUUUGUGCUCGAUAGCAGUUAUUUUUUCUACAUUAGAAAUAAGAUGCCACACAGGGAAUUACAUUCCAGAUUUAAAGGAACGAAUGGAAAGGAUACAAACCAUUAAAGAAUAGCAGGUUAUUGUUCAUCCUUGUAAAGCACCUUAUAUCACUGAGAAAAUAAAGAACAGUGCCUUAAAAGACAGACUGAAAGGUAGACUGUAACUUAAAAUGUUUGUGAUUUGUUCUUUUACAUUAAGGAAGGUAAAGGUCUGAUGAUGUAACUGUUGACAAGAUGUAGUAAACCUGCUUUUAGAUAUCAUACUGUUAGUAUUUAACUAAAUACUAUUUGAUUUCAGACCCGAGCAAGUUAAGCUAAAAGAUAUUCCACAAAGCUGAAAGCCUUCACAUAUUGAACCUCCCAGCAUUUUUCUUAGGCUGUUAAAAAGUAUAAAGCUAAAGUUGAUUUAAUUAUAUUUUCCUUUGUACUUCAACACUGUUGUACCAUGAAAGGAUUUUCACCAAGCUUUCUUGAAAAGUAACUAUUUUUAUGAGGCAAGAAGGAAGGAAGUUGUUUUAGAGUCAUUUACUAGUUCUUUAAUGAGACAAUCACUUGAAGUUUUGAGACCAGAAAUGUGACCAGUGUAAUUUUAGAAGAUCUAGGGAUUUUUGGUUGAUUGGAUUACUGUAGGUUUUUAAUGAUGAUUGCCCAGGAUAGACAGGUUGUGCUUUCUCUUCUUUCUCUCCUGCUUUCUCCUUCUCUCCUGUCCUUUCUUUUUAGUUUCUGUUCCCGUAGUAUAAUAUAAGCAUGCAUACUUUAAUUUUUUUUUUUAGUUUUCUUAGGCAGCACUAGUUUUUUCAGUUUUAGAGGGAGACUUCUCCCCUGCCUUUGACAUAUUGGAUUAGUUCAGAGGUUUACAUUAGUUUUAAGAAAGUUUUUGCUUUUCUAGGUCAUUAAAGGUUUUUAGUUUCUUUAGCCUCUAAGGGCUGAGUUUAGCACUUGGUUUUCAGUAUUUUGUAGUAGGAGAUGACAAGUUGCUUUGGUCCAUUUCAUUAGCCAAAAUUCCUUGCAUUUAGAUUAUAUUCAAGGUUCUUAAAAUGAAGAUUUACUGUUUCUUUGUUACUUGCUGGUACAGCUAAAGUUUGUUUUACUUGCACAUUUGUACAUACACCUAAUCUUUUCAAGUGCCUUAAUUGUUUAAAAUCUCUGGCUUCAAAGGUUUUUGGGAAAAGGUAGGUUUACCUCACAUUUUUGUGUUUUCAUUAGUAAUUAGUUCUAGGAACCUCACAAGAACUUUUAUUAUGGUGCCAUGGCUGUUAGUUUUUAGUGAGUGCUAGAAGAUCCAAGAUUCAUUUGAAAAUAUACAGAAUUUCCAUUCCUCCCAAAGUGGCAAAAUUUAGCUACAGUGGUAUAAUUAUCAUUUAUGUAGAUGUGAAUACCUUAUCACACAUUAAUGUCCAUACAGCAAUUUUUGUGAAAAUGUAGCUGAUGGCGCCUUCUCAUCUUCUGUAAUUUUGAAUAUUGCUCUAAUAACAAAACCAUAAUAUGAAACCAGUUAGAUUUUGCAAGAAGAGCUCUUACAACAGAACUCAUGGCCUUUUCCCCCCUUCCUUUAGCAAUUUACUAUCUUGAGCCAUUAAAAAUUUGGUUUUUUUAAAAUCCAGAAGGUAUAUAGAAACCUUUUCAGAUUUUCUUCUGAUUUGUUCAUGCGGAUGUAGUUCUAUCAAAACACCUUACUUUACCUUACAGAUAUUUGUUGCACAGGCAGACACUGCUGUAUUUAGAAAUUUCUAUUUCAGUUCAUUAAAAACUGUAAAACCAACCUGUAUCAUGUACCAAACUGAUUUAAAAUAAAUCUACAUGUUUAUUGAA